CUCUCUUUCUAUCUCCUCCAAAAUAACACUCCCUAUACUCUCUCUCUACUUUUCUCUCUCUACAUCUACAAACACUCACUGUCUCUCUCUCUCUAAACACUCUCCUUCUCAAGCCUUUAUUCUGAAAAAAUCAAUGGAAACUCCAGAAUUCUUCCAAGGAGGUUACUACAACACCCAAUUCACGCCCGAAAAGCGCCAUUCUGACACCAAGCCCGGCGACCAUUUUGUCGUGGAAGACCUCCUCGACUUCCCGAAUGAUGAUGCCGUCGUCGCCACGGAGGCUGCCUUCGACAAUGUUACCGGGACCUCCGCGGAGUCCUCCACCGUCACAGUCGUGGACAGCUGCAACUCCUCAUUUUCCGGGAACGACCCUCACUUUUCCGGUGAAAUGGGUUGCCGGAGUCUCGCUGAUGCUCAAUUCUCUAGUGACAUUUGCGUGCCGUAUGAUGACCUAGCUGAGCUCGAGUGGCUAUCAAAUUUUGUUGAAGAAUCAUUCUCGAGUGAAGACUUGCAGAAGCUUCAGUUAAUAUCUGGAAUGAAGGCUCGGACGGAAAAAGCUUCGGAGGCUCGAGAAUUCCCACAGGAUACCACCCAAAACAACCCAAUUUUCCACCCGGAGGUGGCGGUGCCCGGGAAAGCACGUAGCAAGCGCUCACGCGCCGCCCCAUGCAACUGGACGUCCCGCCUCCUCGUCCUAUCUCCGACGACAACACCGUCCACGUCAGAGUCCGACAUUGGGUCUGAACCCGGCAAGAAGACAGUGAAAGCAACCCCCAAAAAGAAAGAAAUGGGUGACAUUCCGGGCUCCACCAGCGGCGGCGAUGGCCGGAAGUGCCUGCAUUGCGCCACCGACAAGACGCCGCAGUGGCGCACUGGACCCAUGGGUCCAAAAACGCUAUGUAAUGCUUGCGGGGUCCGGUAUAAGUCGGGGCGGCUCGUGCCCGAGUACCGGCCCGCUUCGAGCCCAACUUUUGUCCUCACAAAGCACUCAAACUCGCACCGUAAAGUGCUUGAACUUCGGAGGCAAAAGGAGAUGCAAAGGGCCCAACAACAACAGCAACAAUUUCUUCAUCAUAACAUGAUGUUUGAUGUAUCCAACGGCGAUGAUUACUUGAUCCACCAGCAUAUUGGGCCCGAUUUUCGGCAGCUGAUCUAGUACUUGCCGGAGUAGGGUUACUCCGGUGGAGGUUCAAGGUUUAGCGGCAAAAUUGUUAGAGAAUUUCGUAAUUUUUCUAAUUUCCUAGGGCUAAAAUGUUGCCUAACUUCCGAAUUUUGUAGUUAUUGUUGAUUUUUAAAAUUAUUGUUGUUGUUAGAAAAAGAGAAAAAAAAAAAUGGAGGAUUGACGAUUAGAGGGUGUAAACUCUUUUAAUUAAUGUCCUUUGAGUGUCGGAUUUUGGCGGAUU